AUGCCCGACAUGAUCAGAGCAAUGGGCAGCAACGGCGUGGUCUUGGAGCAGUGCCUGUCCCAGAUGACCAGGCGCUUCAUAGAUAUGCUGAACGCCACGAAGCAGCAGACCUCAGACGGGUCGCCCGCUCCCGACGGCGCGUUCGGCGAGGAGGAUCCGCUGACGGAGGCCCCGCCCGAAGGACAGAGCACCCCGCUGAGGGCGAACUUGCUCGGCGAGGUGCAGGGCCUGAUGCUGUCCUACUGGAUCCAGCUGCGGGCCCUCCCCGUGGACGACCCCGAGCUGACCUCGACGGUCCUGUCCUUCUGCUCGGCCGGCGGCGACUGCCGCAUGGAGCCCGCCGCUCUGGCGCGGGCCGUGGCCGAGCUCGGCCCGGCGGCCGCCGGCUCGGAGGCCGCCGCCGUGCAGGGCGGCCUGGUCGGGCACCUGACCGAGCAGCUCCCGCGCAUGAGGCGGCGCGAGCUGGUGAGGGUUGCCAUGGCAGCCAGGUCGGUCGCCAUCUGGCACGCCGUCACCGCGGAGGUCCGCAGCUGGCUGCUCAGGGAUGGCGUCGCCACCAUCUCCAUGCUGCGGCAGGGGCAGGACAUCGACGACCUCCUCGCCAUCCUCGCCCACAGCCUCGCCUGGUCACAGCACGCGCCGCAGGGAGGCGCCGCCGCGAGCGGGGAGGGCGAGCGCGCGGCGACCCGCGACCUGCUGCAGAGAAUCAUGCACCUCGCCGUGGACUCCCUGGAGCACGUCUCUCACAAGGAGCCAGAGCUUGCGAGGCGGCGGCUCGUCGCCACCGUGAACACCCUCUCCGCGUUCGAGCAGGGCGUCCCGCUGGGCUCGCUGAGCCGCUGCUUGCACGAGCAGGCCACCGCUGGGCCGGCCUGGGACGCCGCCAGCGCCGUGGAGGUGGCCUACAGCUUCUCGGCGCUGCACGGCGGGGAGAUGCCCUUCGACGUCGUCGCGCGCCUGUGGAGGCUCGUCGGGGGCGCGCUCGCGGAGGCCGAGGCGGAGCUCUCCGACGCCGAACUUGCAAAGUUCUGGGCCUUCGCCCUGGCGGCGAUGCACCUCUCCACGCGCUCCGCGCUCGCGGCGCUGCGGCUGGCCCCCGAGGGGCCCUCCGUCGAGAGCUACCUGCUCUGGAAGCGCUUGGCGAAGGGCCAGGUGCGCUUCGACCUCGCCAGGGAGCAGCAGGCGGUCGGGUCGGUGGCGAGCCUCCGCGCUGGGCUGCCGCAGGCGUUGCCUGGCGAGGUGUGCCUGGAACAGCACGCGGUGCAGGGCAGCCCGUAUGUAGCGGACUUCGCGCUGGAGGGGCGGAAGGCCGUGCUCGUCGUCCCGCGGUCCGUCCACCAGGCCGCCGACCGGGACGGGGCCCUGAGCGGGCCGGGGCGGCUGAUGCAGCGGACGCUGGAGGCCCUCGGCUGGAGGGAGGUGGUGGACAGCUCGGGCUCGUCAGACGAGCAGGCAGCCAUUGCGCGCUUGAUGUCCGAGCUGCAGCGCUUCUCCGACUUCUACAGGGAGAAGCAGUACGGGCCCUACCGGGUCUGCUACGGGGAGGUGCUCCCAGGGACAGACGUCUUCGAUUGCCAGCCCCUGCAGCUCGCCGGGCAGGUCCUUACCCUGGCGAUGGGCUCCUCGUUUCAGCACCCCCAGCGGCAGGCUUCCGUGCGGGAGGUCAGCUCGGACAGCUUCCAGGCAUUCUACGACAUGUCACUUGUCGAGGCGCAGGAGGCGACGGCGAACAUGGCCUCCAUCGUCCUCGUCGUCACGGUCAUGCUGGGGUUCGGCUUGCUGAUGAGCAACAGCAUCGCUGUUGUGGCGCUCACGCCCCUCGAGCGCAUGCUGGGCGUCGUGCGCGGGCACUGUAAGCAGAUCUUCAGAUUCGCCGCGGGCAUCCAGAACGACACCCCGGACGACGACGACGACGAGGACAACGAGUUCCUGCUGUUGGAGGAGGUGUUCAAAAAAUUGGCCGCCAUCGCCUCGCUGUCGACCCUGAACCACGAACCCCAGGUCAACAGCAACAUGAAGGAGGAGGACGUCAUCAAGCUCAACUGGAUGCAGGGCGCCACCUCGGCCGUGCCGCCGCAUCACGGCGGCGCCUCGGCCCUGGUGGGGCCGCGCCCCCGCAACUCGAUGACGAUGCUGGCGGCGGGAACCACGGCCUCGGCGGAGAACAACCCGAUGGACGCGGACGAAAGGUCUCCCUCGAGGUCGCCGAACCGAUGGUCGAGAACGCAGAGCAAGGAUGGCAGCUUCAUGAUGGAUUGCAUCCCGCCCGACGUGCUCGUGUCCCUGGACUCGCCGGACUGCGACGUGCUGGAGUGGGGAAAGGAGCUGAAGCUCGGGGCCUGCGGAUUCAUCAUUAUGUACAAGGGGUUCAGCUCGUGGUGGGUAGGCGAGAAUGUUGACGGCGAGAAGUUGCGAAAGUUCCUUGGUGUCUUGGAGAAGGCCUACGAGCCGAACCACUUCCAUAGCUUUUCUCACGGCGUAGACGUGCUCUAUCCUGGACUCCGUGUCGAGGUACAUGCACUUGAUCGACGCAGGUAA